GCGCUGCUGGGCCCCGCUCAGAGAGCCCUCUACAGGGACGUCAUGCAGGAGAACUACGAGGCGGUGACCUCGCUGGGGUUUUCCGUUCCCAAACCUGAGCUGAUCGCGCAGUUGGAACGAGGGGAAGAGCCCUGGGUACCCGACGUCCAGGCCAGGGCAGAGAGCGAGAUAACAAGAGGCACCUGCACCGCAGGUGAUGAGACCACGAGUGAGACUGAAGAGGUGAAUCAACAGCAGGAAGUUCCUGGGGAAAUGGAACCGCAGGCGACCUUUGUGGGAAGUGUUGGAGGGAAUGUUUCCCAGUGUUUGGAACAGGGAGAAGCCUGGGGAAAUUGGCUCAGGUCGGAGAGGCUGCUGAGAAACCACCCAAGUGAGCAAACGAAUGAAUCUAUUAGAUGUGGGGAAGAGCACAGAGAUGUCACAGCCCAGCAGACAAAUCCCAAAGAAAUGCAACACCAUGAAUGGCUUGGUUAUAUGAAGGGAUUUAUUCUGAGCCCAGAGCUAAUUACAAUUGAGACAGUAGAUACCGGAGAAAAACCACUUCAAUAUUUGGACCAUGAGGAAAGAGUCAAUAACAGCUCAGAUCUUCAUGCUCAUGGGAGAAGCCAAAUGGGAGAGAAAGGCUCUCAAAACCUUGAGGGAGGGAACCAUUUGAAUUGGAAAUCAGCCCUGAAUGUGCAUGAGACAAGCCACGCAGGAAAGAGACCCCAUAAAUGCUUAGCCUGUGGGAAAAGUUUCAUGCAGAGGUCAGCCCUAGUUUCACAUCAGAAAAUCCACACAGGAGAGAGAACCCAUAUGUGCUUAGACUGUGGGAAAGGUUUCAAAUGGAAGUCAGGCCUUGUUUCCCAUCAGAAAAUCCACACUGGAGAGAGACCCCAUAAGUGCUUAGAUUGUGGAAAAAGUUUCAAACGAAGAUCCACCCUUGUUUUUCAUCAGGCAGUACACACAGGAGAGACAGACCAUAAGUGUUUAGACUGUGGGAAAAGUUUUAUAUGGCGGUCCGACCUUGUUAGACAUCAGGCAAUACACACAGGAGAUAGGCCCCAUAAGUGUUUAGACUGUGGGAAAACUUUCAAAUGGAAGUCAGCUCUUGUUUCACAUCAGAGAAUCUAUACGGGAGACAGACCCCAUAAAUGUUUAGAAUGUGGGAAAAGUUUCAUAUGGAAGUCAGCCCUUGUUUUACAUCAGGCAAUACACACUGGAGAGAGGCCCCAUAAGUGUUUAGACUGUGGAAAAAGUUUCAUAUGGAGGUCAGACCUUGUUUUACAUCAGGCAGUGCACACAGGAGACAGACCAUAUAAGUGCUCAAUCUGUUCAAAAAGUUUCAUAAAGCGGUCAGCCCUUGUUUUACAUGAGGCUGUACACACUGGGGAGAGACCCCAUAAGUGCUUAGACUGUGGAAGGAGUUUCAUACGGAAGUCUGACCUUGUUAGCCAUCAGGCUGUCCAAACAGGAGAGAGACCUCAUAAGUGUUCAUACUGCGGGAAAACUUUCAAAUGGAGAUCAACUCUUGCUUCGCAUCAGGCACUUCACACAGGAGGUAGACCCCAUAAGUGUUUAGACUGUGGGAAAAGUUUUAUAUGGAGGUCAGCCCUUGUUUCACACCAGAAAAUCCACACUGUAGAGAGGCCCCAUCAGUGCUUAGACUGUGAUAAAAGUUUCAAAUGGAAGUCAGCCCUCGUUUCCCAUCAGAGAAUCCACACAGGAGAGAGACCCCAUAAGUGCUUAGACUGUGGGAAAAGUUUUAUACGGAGGCCUGACCUUGUUAGCCAUCAGGGAGUGCACACCGGAGAGAGACCCCAUAAGUGUUUAGAUUGUGGGAAAAGUUUUAAAUGGAGGUCCGGGCUUGUUUCACAUCAGAAAAUCCACACAGGAGAGAGACCCCAUCAGUGUUUGGACUGUGGGAAAUGUUUUAUACGGAGGCCCGAUCUUGUUAACCAUCAGGCAGUUCACACCGGAGAGAGACCCCAUAAGUGUUCAGACUGUGGGAAAUGUUUCAAAUGGAAGUCAGGCCUUUUUAAACAUAAGGCAGUCCACACAGGAGACAGGCCCCGUCAAUGCUUAGACGGUGGAAAUGUUUUUUUAUGGAGCUCAGAGUUUCUGAAACAUGAAGCCGUCCACACAGGGGAGUUACCCAACAUGUGACUGGACUGUGAGAAAACUUUCAUAGAGAGGUUAAAUCUUCAGCAUCAGACAGCCCAGGUAGGAAGGGGAGCUUGUGAGUGCUUGCACUAAGGCUAAAUGCGAUUGCUUACAGAGAUCACACGGCACUAAACAUAGGGAAAUUCCCACAGGACCUAAAAUUCUGUGACACACGGUCAAAAUGGUUAAGAACCUUGUAGAUGAUUCAGCAUUUAAAGACAUGUUAGAAAAGUGUGUAAAUGGUAUUUCAACCCAUUCCAUUCCAUGAUCAAUAGACUAGAAGUUUGACAUGUAAGUCUUACUGUUACAAAAAUUGGAAGAAGAUUGCGCUAUUGAUUACUCACAGUUAAUUCGCGCAAUGAACUCUGAAAAAUGUAUUAUUAUAUAAACAAAAAUUGAACUCAAUGAAUCACACUGUUAAACAGUCGAAUACCAAUGAGAUGUUUUUCCGUGUUUUCAAAUAUAUUCAUUUCUAUAGCGGCAAAGAACAAACUAAGGAGUGCUCAUUUUAUGUUACUUUUAUUGCAAAUAUUUGCACUGGAAACGUGAUAAAAAUGGUAUUCUUCAAUUCAGCUCAUAGAAAUACUGUAGUGUAAUUGCUUUAUCACGGAAGUCGACCUUAAAAACUGACAUUAUUUUUGCUACACACGCUCCGUCUGCUCUUCAACCAUUUGCCUAGCUGAGUAUUGGUUACUUUGACUGUUGAGGGAUGUCUCACAGCUCCUCAUGAAGACUGAGGACUUGGGGAUAUUUCUUCUCAACUAGUAGCGGGUUUAGCGCCAAAGAGAGAUGUUCUGCUCA